UGCAACCACUCUCAAAUUCAGACCACCUUAAAUUCGCAAUUCACAACAAGUCAACAACCAUGGCAAUGGCAUUCAAGAUGGCCACUACUGGAAUGUGGGUGACUGAUGAGUGCAAGAACUCAUUCCAUGAGAUGAAAUGGAAGAAGGUGCAUAGGUACAUAGUGUUCAAGAUCGAUGAGGGAUCUAAGCUAGUCACCGUCGACAAGGUUGGCGGCCCCGGCGAAGGCUAUGAUGAACUUGCAGCCUCAUUGCCUACUGAUGAUUGUAGAUAUGCAGUGUUUGAUUUUGAUUUUGUCACGGUUGAUAAUUGCCGGAAGAGCAAGAUCUUCUUCAUUGCAUGGUCUCCAACAGCAUCAAGAAUAAGAGCAAAGAUGCUAUAUGCUACUUCCAAAGAUGGGCUGAGGAGAGUGCUAGAUGGCAUCCACUAUGAAGUCCAGGCAACCGACCCAACAGAGAUGGGAUUUGAUGUUAUUAAGGACAGGGCCAAAUAGAUGUGAUUAGAAUUAGCUAAAACAAUGUUUGUGGCAUCUUACUUUUAUUUAAUAACUCCAACCAUAUGUGCCUUUUGUUGCUGUUGUUACUUUUACUUUUCUUUUCUUUUUCUAGAUAAUCGCAACUAAUGUAAGUUAAACCUCUCUAAUUUAUAAUAAUAUUUAUGUCCCCCCCUGUGUGAUAAUUUAAUGAUAAAAGGACCUUUUGUUUUGA